AUGGGGUGCAACAUGUGCGUGGUUCAAAAGCCUGAGGAACAAUACAGGGUCAUGUUCCAGAAGAGUCACAUAAACAACAUGUUGAGCUCUUUUGACGCUGACGGUCGAUUUAAGGUGAAUGGAAAGGAGCUGACCCACCUUUCUGGGGACCCCACCCUGGACAUACGGGACCCCGUGCUGUCCAACAUACUGAGGCGGGGGGCCCGCCGACGUGCAGGCCUAGCGGGAGCCCCUGGCGGGUUAGUGCCAGUGACCAUGGGCAUGGCCGACUGUGUAGACAGCUGUACCCAAACAGACAUCAGCUUCCAGCAUAUGUUGACACUGGGCAAGAGCAGCCAGCACCCCUGUGGCGCUCCACCCCCACCCGACCCUCCACCGUCCCCUCCACUACCGCCGUUACUGGAGCCGUAUCUAUUCAAUGAACUCUUUAUAGAGCCGAUAUACUACGACCCCACUGACUACUUCGAUAUCACUCAGCAUGAAGUGGACAGACAGGAUGAACUGGAGUAUGAGGAGGUGGAGCUGUACAAGUCUCGUCAACAGGAUAAACUCGGGCUGACAGUGUGUUACAGAACCGAUGAUGAAGAGGACCUGGGGAUAUACGUAGGAGAGGUGAACCCAAACAGCAUCGCUGCGAUAGAUGGACGAAUCCGCAAAGGAGACAGAAUACUACAGGUACAAAUAAAUGGAGUGGACAUCCAGGACAGAGAGGAGGCAGUAGCUAUUCUCACCAGAGAGGACAGCACUAAUGUCUCCCUGCUCCUCGCACGACCCGAGAUAGAGAACGAAAACCAGCUGGAUCAAGAUGAGUUGGACCUUGAGACAUUGGACAACGCUGUUCAUCUACCCAGCAGCCACGGUGUGAGGAACGGCACCUCCGUCUUGAGUGCUGGACCAGGCGGUGUUGCUGGUGGGGGUCUACUAGGUGGCCACAGCCGCUCAAUGAACAGGGAUUCACCUGAUUUGCUCCAGACGGUGCUGAGCAACAGCCAGGAGCUGGACAGCGGGGUGGGCCGCACAGACGAAAGCACUCGCUACGAGGAGUCUUCAGAACACGACCUCCUGGGAGACGACCACACUAGUGCCUCCAAUACCAACGCCACCAACACGCCGGGCAGCAUGCGCAAGUUUUUGUCCGGCCGAGGGGACACCCCGCCCUUGCUGCACUCCCAGGACUUCCAGUUCAGCGCCGACUCCCUCUUAGGGCUGGACUGCGUUAAUGGAGGAGGCCUGGAACAGGUGGAGCGCCUGGAGAGGGCUUACGCUGCAGAUCCUGUGAGAAUGAUGAUGCCUGGGCUGACUGAGGAGGAGUGUGAGAGGUACAAAGAGCUCUUGGAAAUCAAGUGCUACUAUGAGAAGCACAGUAAUGCUCUGAUGCCACUGGGAGGUCAGGGGCUGGCCCAGGAGGAAGGGGUCUCAUUGGAUGUGAACAGGAAUGAGAGCCUGACGCAGCAUGAGAUGGCCCUCCUGGAAGAGGAGCUGCGGCACUUGGAGUUCAAGUGUCGUAACAUCUUGAGGGCGCAGAAGAUGCAGCAGCUGAGGGAGCGUUGUAUGAAGGCUUGGCCUCUCGAGGACAAGAACGGAGCGAGUGCCGGGGCUGGAGUAGGAGCCGGACGCUUGGACAUUAGUGGUACUUUGGUCAGUGAGGAGUCCUGUCACCACGCUCUGUCAGACAUCAAUGAGCUCCCAGAGAGGGAGCGCUCGGAUAAGGACAGCACGAGUGCCUACAACACCGGAGGGGAAAGUUGCAGGAGCACCCCUCUGGUCAAUGAACAGCACCCUUCCCCCUCUACACAGAGCCUGGAGAGAGGAGAGCAUCUUCUCCCAGAGGGUACGCAGCCUCCAUCCUCCACCCGGCAGAGAGAGAGAGGAACCAGGGUCGAAAGAGGCGACGGGACGCAGGCGAACCUCAACCAACCCUACUCUCCCCACAGUCACAGGAGACGAGGCGAUGCUAAGACGUACAGCCCCGGAGCUAAGGUCAGGUCCCUGUCCCGGGACAGAGGAACCAGGCGGGGCUCAGAUGGAGAGGUGAGACGUAACCCCAAAGCCAGUGGGACCGCUGAGAGGUCCGGUGGAUACAGUGCAGAGAACAGCCCUUACCUGUCUCGCCGUCAAAUGGACACAAAUCCACCUCAGCACUACCUGAGCUGCAUGCAGCUGAGGUCUCCCUCCACCUCGGAGCGACUCGGAGGACUCAGAGAGGGCAGCAUUGAGACUUGGGGUGACGAGAGUCCAAUGAGCUUGGGUAGCACCUGUAAAGAUGUAGCUCAGGCCCCAGGAGCUGCACCCUUGUCCCCUCCGAUGCCGCCCGCCUCCCCCCGUAUGGAGUGGAAGGUGAAGAUCCGCAGUGACGGCUCUCGCUACGUGGCCAAGCGGCCUGUGAGGGACCGCCUUCUGAAGGCACGCGCCAUGAAGAUCAGAGAGGAGCGCAGCGGCAUGACGACGGACGACGACGCCGUGAGUGAAAUGAAGAUGGGCCGCUACUGGAGCAAAGAGGAGCGCAAGCAGCAGCUGCUGAAGGCCCGAGAGCAGCGGCGGCGCCGGGAGUUCAUGAUGCAGAGCCGCCUCGACUGUUUGAGAGAGCGCGAGAAGGAGCAGGGGGGAAACGGUGGAGGACAGCAGGGGGCGAAUCAGCAGCAGGAGCCCACCUCCAUCCUGGAGCUGUGCCACCGCAGGAGCGUGAAGAAGCGGAGUCGCAGAAUCCUGGACAACUGGAUCACGAUACAGGAGCUCCUGGCCCACGGGUCCAGGUCUGCAGAUGGGAAGAAGGUCUAUAACCCCCUGCUGUCGGUCACCACAGUGUGAGAUAGGAAGAGUUAGGGAGAGAUUGGACAGUGCCAACGUGUUUUGAC